AUGAUAAGUGAUGAACUCUUAUUCAUAUUCAUUCAAGUGGCUGGUGUUUGCAUUGCCGGGCUGGUUGGGUUUCUUGGCGUCGUCUCCAACGUGAUCAACAUCGUCAUCUUCGUUAAAAUUGGUUUCUCCGACACCACCAACUUAUCGCUUCUGGCUCUGGCUGUGGCAGACGUAAGCGUUUCUUUGCCCAUGAUCGGUUACAGCUUCAUCAAUGUCCCUUUUGUUUUCUCGCUACUCGGGGAAUCGCUAAGGGUCGCGAUUUACGCUGUUUUAGGUUCUAUCCAAAUUGUGUUUUGUCGGAUAAGCGGUCUGUUAACGGCGUUCCUCGCCCUGGAGCGGUUUUUCUGCGUGGCGUGGCCAUUGCGUGUCAAAACACUGGUCACACCCAAGUUGACCGUUUGGGUUAUCAUCAGUAUCACUGCUAUCAUGACAUCAAGUGACGUUCCGUAUGCCCUUGCCAAUCUCAUCGGCCCCAUAUACGACCCGCUGUUAAACGAGACUGUGUACGGGACUGUCUUCAUUCCUUACAGUGAAUGUUUCGAGGCCAUCACUGUCAUCAUCCAGGUGCUGGCCCAGAUGACGUCUUUCGUCGUCGUCUCCGUGUCCACUCUGGGUUUGAUCAGGUCACUGCGUACAAUUUCCCAGUGGAGGAAGUCCACGUCUUCGGUCAGCCUCCCUGCUCACGUGUCCAGACGGGAAAAACAACUGGUCAAGAUGGUCAUCCUGAUCUCAACGGUUUUCAUCGUCUGCUCGCUGCCCACGGUUGUCGGCAACUUGGCGAUGGUUUUCGUUGAAGACUUCAACGACCGGGGCCCAAACAGGAACAUGUUCAUACUGGCGAGCUCAGUAUUCGUUAUCUUAAACUCCAUCAACUCCAUGAUCAACAUUUUUGUCUACGUCAACAUGAGCUCCAGGUUUAGAAAAACUUUUUUUGCUUUGUUUAAAUUCAAUUGA